ACGAGCCGAAGAGCGGCCACACCAAAACCGACCGCGUCGCUUUAGCUCCGUCAGUGAGUGACAUGAAAUCAGCGAAUAAGCACGCUUCGAUAAUAUUUAGUCCGUUUGCGGGAUCAUGUAUAACGAUGAAUACUCCACAGGCCGCCAAGUCUUUUGUGGAAACAAUAAUGGAUGUCCUAACGGUAAAGAAGGCGGUGUUCAAUGGCGUGGCAGUCGGGGCUCAGCCACACUCAAUGGGUGCCACGUCGGGUCCCUCCGCAAUGGGGGACUCGGGGGCGAAGGUGAUGCCUACGCAGGGACCGAGGAGGGGCCCGGAGGGCCGGACAAGUUGGAGAGGUCGGGCCCAACUGAGAAUGACCCUAUUCACCUCAAGAGACGGGUGGGACUCAUCAGUGGGGUGGCUCUAAUUGUUGGCACCAUGAUCGGCUCUGGAAUUUUCGUUUCUCCAUCGGGCUUGUUGGAAAGAACUGGCUCGAUCGGUAUGAGUUUUGUGAUAUGGAUGGCAUGUGGUCUGCUGUCCCUUUUAGGCGCUCUAUCCUAUGCUGAACUCGGCACUAUGAACACGUCGUCGGGUGCGGAAUACGCUUACUUCAUGGAUGCAUUCGGGGCCCCACCAGCGUUCCUGUUCUCAUGGGCCAGCACUUUGGUGCUAAAACCAUCGCAGAUGGCCAUCAUCUGCCUCAGUUUCGGGAAGUACGCCGUGGAGGCUUUCGUUACCGAAUGCGAGCCGCCUGAGAUUGUAGUCAAGAUGGUCGCGUUGUUGGCUAUUGUGGUCAUCCUGUAUAUUAACUGUUAUAGCGUGAACUUGGCGACGAGCGUCCAAAAUGUAUUUACGGCGGCCAAGCUGGUCGCAGUUCUCAUUGUGAUAUUAGGAGGAGUAUAUAAGAUGUUUGAAGGAAAUACUCAGCAUUUAAGACAACCGUUUGCGAACACUCAAUAUUCAAUUGGCAAUAUCGCUACAGCGUUUUACUCCGGUCUGUGGGCGUAUGACGGCUGGAACAAUCUAAACUAUGUCACCGAAGAAAUCAAAAAUCCAUCCAAAAAUCUGCCGAGAAGCAUUGUCAUAGGAAUACCGCUUGUAACGAUAUGCUACGCGCUCAUAAACAUCUCCUACCUCACGGUGAUGUCGCCAAUGGAAAUGAUGACAAGCGAAGCGGUAGCAGUGGUCUUCGGUAAUCGACUGCUAGGGGUGAUGGCCUGGCUUAUGCCUUUGUCUGUAACAAUUUCAACUUUUGGUUCCGCGAACGGCACCUUGUUCGCUGCCGGACGACUCUGUUUCGCGGCAAGCCGCGAAGGCCAUCUUUUAGACAUCUUGUCAUAUGUACACGUAAGACGAUACACACCCGCUCCGGGGUUAAUUUUUCAUUCCCUCAUAGCAGGAGCAAUGGUAAUGUAUGGCACCAUCGAUUCUCUGAUAGAUUUCUUUAGUUUUACAGCAUGGAUUUUUUAUGGUGGCGCUAUGGUGGCGCUGAUUGUGAUGCGCCACACCAAGCCUAAUUAUCCGAGACCAUACAAGGUUCCGAUCGUCAUUCCAUACUUGGUGCUAAUGAUCUCGUUCUACCUAAUAAUAGGACCGAUAGUAGAUAACCCCACAAUCGAGUACCUUUACGCAGCGCUUUUUAUCCUUGGCGGGAUGAUAUUUUAUGUUCCUUUCGUUCACUAUAAGUACCGCAUACCAUAUAUGGAUGGCCUGACGGUGUUUCUACAGAUGCUGUUUGAAGUUGCCCCCACAACAAACAUGUUCGAAUAAACGCAUAGUGAUUAUUUAAUGUAUUUAAGUAGACUGUCUUCGUGGUUCCGAGAAAUAAAAAUCGCGUUAAAUCUUCUUCAAGAUUUUAACUUGGUCGGAAAUUCAUAAACUUACUAAAUAUUAGGAAAAUUGCACAGGAUCAUUCCUAAAUCAGAGGACAUUUGUGGGGUGCAGUCGCAAGUGUCUAUAUACUUAUAGUAUCGAUUUUACACUAUGAGUCUAGAGUCCAGAUUUUUUUUAAUUUGUCAAAUCUUGUAACCACGAAGCUCAAAUUUAGAAGGUCAAACUUCAUCAUUCCUUAUUUAAAUCUUUGUUGAAUAUAUGGAAAGUUAUUUAUAUCGAAAGUUUUUAUGAUAUACAUGAAAUUUUUAAAUGCCAAAAAGAGUUAGAUAUAUGCUUCAUUCAUUGCUCCGCAGAUUUUAUUUUUCUACAGAAUAUUUUUAUUUGCAAGUCUUAAAAAAUAUUGUUCACAGUGUCAAUUACGAGUCUAGUGGAUUUACAACAAAAUUUUGAGUUGAAUAGUUCAAUUCAAUCUUGAACUCAAAUGAGGCUUGCAAUAAUGACUUGCUCAAGAGAGGCAGGCAUAUCCCCAAGAUUACUCUUGACUGUCGGUUUAAUAUUAUUUUUGUCUGCUACGUUAUUAAGUAUAAUUAUUUUUAUGGAAUUGUAAAAUAGAAUUGCCAAAUGGUAAUAAAUCAAAUGAAGAACAAUAAAAUUUUAAAU